CCGAGCUCGGCCGAGCGGCCGGGAGUCAGUUGGUGCUGCUCGUCUUCGCCCCAGAAGCAGUCCGUGGAUCUGGCGUCGCCACCGCCGCCGCCGCCGCCUCCGCGGGGCCUGUGCCGGCCGGCCGCCCACCAAGGAAGGAGGGAGGCUCGCGGCGUGGGGAGAGCAGCGGGGGCCACGGGUGCCGCCGCCGCCGCCGCCAGGGCUGAAUUGCAGCUACAGAGGCAGCAAACGACUCCUUAAAGAUGCCACAGGACUGCAGAAAGUGAAGGGGACCUUGGAGAAGAUGAUGAAGGAAAAAGAAUGUUUCUCCCAAGGACAAGAAGCUUAAGGAAAAGUGGCUUUCUGCAAAUAACUGACAAAACUGACCUUAGAAGCACUUCCCAGGGCCUCAUGGAGUAGCUGGAAUUUGUACUACAAGGCUUUCUUGCCUACUGGUUACCUGAAGUGGUUGUCGCCAUGGCCAGCAAAAGGAAGUCCACCACCCCAUGCAUGAUCCCCGUUAAGACCGUGGUGCUGCCGGGUGCCAGCACAGAGCCUCAGCCUGUGGAGUCUCUGCCUGAAGGUCCCCAGCAGGAUCUUCCCUCAGAGGCACCUGAUGCGAGCAGCGAGGCAGCCCCAAACCCCAGCAGCACUGAUGGCUCUGCCCUGGCAAAUGGGCACCGGAGCACUUUGGAUGGCUAUGUAUAUUGCUGUAAAGAGUGUGAGUUCAGGUCCCAGGAUGUGACCCACUUUAUAGGACAUAUGAACUCAGAGCACACAGACUUUAAUAAAGACCCAACUUUUGUAUGUACAGGGUGCAGUUUCCUGGCAAAAAACCCUGAAGGACUUUCCCUGCAUAAUGCCAAGUGUCACUCAGGGGAAGCCAGCUUUUUGUGGAAUGUGACCAAGCCAGACAAUCAUGUAGUAGUGGAGCAGAGUGUCCCUGACAGUGCUAGCUCAUCUGUCCUAGCAGGUGAGUCUACUACGGAAGGGACUGAAAUCAUCAUUACCAAGACUCCAAUCAUGAAGAUAAUGAAAGGCAAAGCUGAAGCCAAAAAAAUCCAUAUGCUUAAAGAGAACGCUCCUAAUCAGCCUGGGAGUGAGGCCUUGCCUAAGCCAUUGGCAGGGGAGAGAGAGGUUAAAGAGGGGGACCACACUUUCAUCAAUGGGGCAGCUCCAGGCAGUCAGGCAUCUGCUAAGUCCACAAAACCCCCUCCUGCUGCCAAUGGGCCCCUGAUAGGAACAGUGCCUGUCUUGCCAGCUGGUAUAGCACAGUUCCUCUCCCUCCAGCAGCAGCCCCCAGUACAUGCCCAACACCACACCCACCAACCCCUGCCUACAUCCAAGACCCUUCCGAAAGUCAUGAUCCCCUUGAGCAGCAUCCCAACAUAUAAUGCAGCUAUGGACUCCAACAGCUUUCUGAAGAACUCCUUCCACAAAUUCCCCUACCCAACCAAAGCUGAGCUCUGCUAUUUGACUGUGGUGACCAAGUAUCCAGAAGAACAGCUUAAAAUCUGGUUCACAGCCCAGAGGCUGAAGCAAGGAAUCAGCUGGUCUCCUGAGGAGAUUGAAGAUGCCAGGAAAAAGAUGUUCAAUACAGUCAUCCAGUCUGUGCCUCAGCCCACAAUCACAGUUCUAAACACCCCGCUUGUUGCCAGUGCUGGCAAUGUACAGCACCUCAUCCAGGCUACUCUCCCAGGUCAUGCUGUGGGACAGCCUGAGGGCACAGCAGGGGGGCUGUUGGUCACUCAACCACUGAUGGCCAAUGGGUUACAAGCAUCAAGCUCAUCUCUCCCUCUGACAACUGCAUCUGUUCCCAAGCCAACUGUGGCACCCAUUAACACUGUGUGUUCAAAUUCGGCAUCAGCUGUGAAAGUUGUCAAUGCAGCCCAGUCACUCCUCACAGCAUGCCCCAGCAUAACUUCCCAAGCUUUCCUUGAUGCAAACAUCUACAAAAAUAAGAAGUCUCAUGAACAGCUCUCGGCUCUGAAAGGAAGCUUCUGUCGGAACCAGUUUCCUGGGCAGAGUGAAGUAGAGCAUCUGACCAAAGUGACAGGCCUCAGUACCAGAGAGGUGCGGAAGUGGUUCAGUGACCGGAGAUAUCACUGCCGGAAUCUGAAGGGCUCCAGGGCCAUGAUGCCCGGAGAGCAUGGCUCUGUUCUCAUUGACUCUGUGCCAGAGGUGCCCUUUCCCCUGGCAUCUAAAGUUCCAGAGGUGACCUGUAUCCCAACAGCAACCUCACUAGUAAGCCACCCUGCCACCAAACGACAAUCUUGGCACCAGACCCCAGACUUCACACCAACCAAAUACAAAGAAAGAGCCCCAGAGCAGCUGCGAGUCCUAGAGAACAGCUUUGCACAAAACCCACUUCCCCCCGAGGAGGAGCUGGACCGCCUAAGAAGUGAAACGAAAAUGACUCGAAGGGAAAUUGAUGGCUGGUUCUCAGAGAGGCGGAAAAAGGUGAAUACUGAGGAGACAAAGAAAGCUGAUGGGCACAUGCCUAAGGAGGAGGAGGAGGGUGCUGAGCAGGAGGGUAGAGAUGAAGAGUUGGCCAAUGAGCUGAGGGUCCCUGGUGAAAAUGGCUCUCCUGAAAUGUUUCUUAGCCAUGCCUUGGCAGAACGGAAGGUCAGCCCCAUCAAAAUCAACCUCAAGAACCUGCGGGUCACUGAAGCCAGUGGCAAGAGUGAGUUUCCAGGGAUGGGUGUCUGUGAGCCUGAGGAAGAUGGUUUGAACAAGUUGGUAGAACAGCCACCAAGCAAAGUAAGCUACAAAAAGACCGCACAGCAGCGUCAUUUGCUUCGGCAGCUCUUUGUCCAAACACAGUGGCCAAGCAACCAGGACUAUGACUCCAUUAUGGCCCAAACAGGGCUGCCCCGGCCAGAGGUGGUACGCUGGUUUGGAGAUAGCAGGUAUGCCCUUAAGAAUGGCCAGCUCAAGUGGUACGAAGACUAUAAGAGGGGAAACUUCCCACCAGGUUUGCUGGUCAUAGCCCCUGGCAACCGAGAGCUGCUGCAAGAUUAUUACAUGACACACAAGAUGUUGUGUGAGGAAGAUCUGCAGACCCUCUGUGAUAAGACCCAGAUGAGUGCCCAGCAGGUCAAGCAGUGGUUUGCUGAGAAGAUGGGUGAAGAGACCCGGGCUGUGGCAGAUAUAAGCAGUGAGGAUCAGGGCCCUAGAAAUGGAGAGCCUGUGGCAGUUCACAAGGUGCUGGGUGAUGCCUAUUCGGAGCUGUCUGAGAACAGCGAAUCAUGGGAGCCAAGUGCUCCUGAGGCCAGCUCAGAGCCUUUUGACACUUCAAGUCCCCAGUCUGGACGUCAACUCGAAGCAGACUGAAUUUGAUCUUGAUUACUGUGAAGGACCGGCCAGUCUGGGAUGCUGUAUGCCAUGUGGAAGGGCCAAAACUGCCACAUAUCAUCUUGAUGGCCAGCUGCCAGGCACCAGGAGAGCCUCUGGAGCCUCGCUGAACCCAGAACCUGCCACCGCCCCAACCACCUUCCGCCUGACAUUUCUGAGCAAAUAGCAAUGGUUUCUCAUCAGCCCAUCUUCCCACAGAGCAGGACCUUUCCAUGGCCUCCCAGGGACAAUUCAGAUUGCAUAUACCUAGACCCAGAAUCAAGUUGUUAGCAUAUACAGCUGCCUAUAUUCAUUUAAUAAAGCAUACUACUACAGACAUUUUCAAUACAUAGGAACUCGGGUUACCAAAACAGUACAGCUCUGACAAUGCCAUGUCUGUUUUCUGGGAAGCUGAGACCACAGGGACCCUCAUCCUCUGCAACAGUGGGAGUCCCAGGCAUGCUCAGAACUGCACCAGGCCUGGCCCUACUUGUCUUCUCAAGGGAACAGAUUGUUGGAAGAGAUCUCUGCAUCACUGAGUGGAGGCAAGCCACAUUUUGUGCCAGACUUGUCUUGUGUUCUGAUUGACAAAGAGCCCACUGUUACCUUCAGUUCUGAACACAACCAAGCUAUGACAUUACCAUUGGAUGCUAACCAUUCUCUUUAGUUAACUGUAAUUCUGGUUUUUUUUUGUUUGUUUGUUUGUUUUUGAGUUUGAAUCAUGGACCAACUUCUCCAUUAUCAGAUCAACUAAAGAAACCAUUGUUGUAAAGCCCAAUCUACUGACCUGUAGCUCCCUUCAGCCCUUCAAUCCAGACUCCUUUAGAACAAAAGGAAAGUGAUCAAAGUAGAGCCAAUUGCUGUGGCUUUGGUCACCAAAGUGCUCAAUGCCUCCUGCAGGUCAGAAGGAAAUACAUGGUGGCUGGAGGAAGAAUGAGGCUGAAGGGCUUGGGAGAUUUGAAGUGACUAGAGCUACACUGUUCUUGAACACAAAGACCUGCAGGUCAGAGUUCCUGGCAAAAUGCCUGUCACACACCAAGGGCCCUGGCCAGCUACUGGUUUCAUGAUCCAGAGGUGCUGGGCAUCACUGGACAGAUUCCUGUGAGGGUGUUUUUAAAGUUCCACAUUUAUAUUCCCAACCUGAGAAACAAGUACUCUAUCUACUUUU